AUAUAUACAGGGUACGUUAUAUAUACAGGGUACGUUAUAUAUACAGAGUACGUUAUAUAUAUAGAGUACGUUAUAUAUACAGAGCAUGUUAUACAUACAGGGUGCGUUAUAUAUACAGAGCAUGUUAUAUAUACAGGGUACGUUAUAUAUACAGAGCACGUUAUAUAUACAGAGUACGUUAUAUACAGGGUACGUUAUAUAUACAGAGCAUGUUAUAUAUACAGAGUACGUUAUAUAUACAGGGUACGUUAUAUAUACAGAGCACGUUAUAUAUACAGAGUGCGUUUUAUGUGA